GCAUAAAUUUUCUGAAUUAAGCUUGGCCGCAAGAUAUUAUAAAGCUAGCAGCGAUGGCGUUGAAAGUCCUGUCGUCCCUAGACACCGCAAAAAUACAGUACUACCACUUCAAAGCCAUCAUCAUAGCCGGCAUGGGUCUGUUCACCGACGCUUACGACCUCUUUUGCAUCCCUCCCAUCAUGAAGCUCAUUGGUAGCGUCUAUUAUGCCGACCCUGCACACGACCAACAAGUUCCUGCCCUGGUCACAUCGGCCAUGGGUGCCAUCGCUCUCUUAGGCACCGUCAUCGGACAGCUUGUCUUCGGCCGCCUCGGCGACCUCCUGGGCCGCCGUAAAGUCUACGUCUUUGCGCUCCUGAUCAUGGUUUUUAGCUCGGUGGGGUGCGGAUUCUCCAUGGGCAGAGGACGGACGUGCGUGCUGCUCAACCUUGGGCUGUUCAGGUUUUCAUUGGGCAUCGGGAUCGGAGGGGAUUACCCCCUGUCGGCGACCAUCAUGUCGGAGUUCGCCAAUAAGAGAACGCGGGGGGGUUUCAUAGCGGCUGUUUUCUCCAUGCAGGGUUUUGGGAUCUUAGCAAGCUCCACCGUCACCAUGGUGGUGUGUGCCGUAUUCAACAGUGCGUCGGGUUACCCAAAGAAACCAAGUCCGGAAAUGGUGGAUUUGGCCUGGAGGCUUAUACUGAUGAUGGGUGCAAUACCGGCGGGGCUCACCUGUUACUGGCGUAUGAUGAUGCCGGAGACUCCCAGGUACACAGCUUUGGUAGAGAAAAAUGUGGCGCAAGCAGCUGAGGACAUGAGGAAAGUUCUGCGUGUUCCGAUGAGCCCGAUACCGGAGGACCAAUAUUAUGAUAAGAAGGAUCCAAUGACUCCAAAUGCUAGUGCUAAUCCUGCCUCCAGCUCUGAUUACCCUCUCUUGUCCAAAGAAUUCCUGGCUCGACACGGCCGUGAUCUCUUUUCUUGUGCGCUUGCAUGGUUUCUUGUGGACGUCGUCUUCUACAGCAAUAACUUUUUCCAGUCCCGGAUAUACGGCCCACGAUAUCUUCCCCUUCAUAAUAAAAAUGCUUACGAGGAGGCCUUUCAUGUGGCAAAACUCCAAGCCAUCCUUGCAAUUUGCUCCGCCAUCCCUGGCUAUUUUGCCGCCGUCUUCUUCAUCGAUCGCAUUGGGAGAGUCAAAAUCCAAAUAGGAGGAUUCUUCUUCAUGGCCAUUGUAUUAUUUGCGAUUGGGAUCCCAUAUUACUCGUACUGGGAUCGCCAUGCCAAAGCGGGUUUCAUGUUCUUGUACGCUCUCACUUUCUUCUUCUCCAAUUUUGGACCCAAUACCACUACUUUCAUAGUCCCAGCGGAGCUAUUCCCGGCUAGGUUCAGAUCAACGUGCCACGGCAUCUCGGGAGCUGCCGGAAAACUGGGCGCGAUCGUUGGGGUGGUGGCAUUUAAGUGGGCUUCUCUUGAUAAUUACCACCUAGUGCUCCUUGGUCUAGUAUCCUUGGUGGGAUGCAUCACGACGUAUCUUUUUACGCGUGAAACAAUGGGGAGAUCACUGGAGGAGAAUGAGAACGAAGACCAAGCUAGCGGUAGUGGGAGUGGUACUGGUUGGGGUUUGGUGAGGCAUUUUAGCUUCACAAGAUGUUCGCUGCCAAAGUUAUGUGCCAAUAAUGAAGUUGCAGAUGGCUAAUCAAAAUCAGAUAGAUACUACUCAGUACUCGUACGUACAGAAUUAAGCAUGUAAAUCACAUAUGGAACUACCCUACCCUAGUUCAGUGUCGCUCCGCUGCAGAGUGAUCCUUUUUAUUCUGUCUUCCAUUCACAUAUAUAAAGGGAUUCAGGGUGUAGAAUACAUAAUAGUUUAUUUGACUAAUUCCACCUUGUGGAUUAGUUUUAUUGUAUUGAUUGUAAUGUACAUUUUAUUGCUUGG